AUGGCAGGAGCACACGUUGUUGUCUUCCCUUGUCCAUUGCAGGGCCAUGUAGGCUCCAUGCUCAAGCUCGCCGAGCUUCUUGCCCUUCACCAUCUCCAUGUUACCUUCAUCAACACUCACAGCAAUCACAACCGUCUCACUCGUUUCGGUAACAUUCAAGCUCUUUCAGCGUCCUACUCCACCCUCCAUUUCAUCACCAUUGCUGAUUGUUAUAGAGAGGGCAAGCACCCUGGAUCCAGAGACGCUACCAUGGGGGACAUAAUGCUUUCCACAACUCUGCAUGCUAAGCCCCUCUUGAGAAAUAUUUUGGUCUCCGAGAGUCCUGCAAUUCCCAAAGUUAGCUGCGUUAUACAGGAUGGCAUCUUCGGAAGCCUUUCCAAUGACUUGGCUUCUGAGUUAGGGAUACGGAUACCAAUCAUUCAUUUUCGAACCAGCAGUGCUUGUUGCUUCUGGCCUUAUUUUUGGAUUCCAAAGCUCUUCGAGAGUAAAGAACUUCCCAUUAGAGGAGAUGGGGACAUGGAUCGCACCAUAAGCAAUAUACCAGGCAUGGAAAACUUGCUUCGCUGUAGAGAUCUCCCUAGUUUCUGCAGACCAGGCGCAAAAGGGAACAUGUCUAUCGACUGGGUUUCCUUCCAGACUCAACAAUCUCUUGCAGCAGACGCGUUGAUACUCAACACAUUUGAGGAGCUAGAUCACCUUGUCCUGUCUCAGAUACGUCUUCAUUUCCCCAAAGUCUACACCGCUGGCCCUGUCCACCACCAUUUGAACGUGAGAAAAGCAGAAACCAACAAAGGAAAUGAUAGUCCUUCGUUUGGGAACAGUUUUUUUGAAACGGACAGGAGCUGCAAGGCGUGGCUUGACGCUCAGCCUCAAGGGUCGGUGAUAUAUGUGAGUUUCGGUAGUUCAACGAUUGUAACAAGGGAGGAGUUGAUGGAGUUUUGGCACGGUUUGGUGAACAGCAAGAAACGGUUCUUGUUGGUCAUGCGGCCUGAUUUGGUGGUGGGAAGAGAGAAUGAUGACCAGAUACUGGAAAAGCUGAAGGAAGAGACCAAAGAGAGAGGGUUGAUUUUGGAGUGGACCCCACAAGAGGAAGUGCUGGCCCACAAGGCCAUUGGUGGGUUCUUGACCCACAGUGGGUGGAACUCAACCUUGGAGAGUUUGGUGGCUGGUGUGCCCAUGAUUUGUUGGCCUUACUUUGCGGAUCAGCAGGUUAACAGCAGGUUUGUGAGUGAGGUUUGGAAAGUUGGGUUGGACAUGAAAGAUGUUUGUGACAGAGAUGUUGUGGAGAAGAUGGUAAACGAUCUCAUGGUUCAUAGGAGGGAGGAGUUUCUCAAAUCAGCUCAAGCAAUGGCUAUGUUGGCCCACAAGAGUGUGAGUCCAGGUGGUUCUUCUUACUCCAGUAUGGAAGAUUUGAUUCAUUACAUAAAAUCAGCCAGUAAAGGGAAAUAA